AUGUUCCGAAACACCUACGACUCCGAUAACACCGUUUUCUCACCCCAGGGACGUCUGCACCAAGUCGAAUACGCCCUCGAGGCCGUCAAGCAGGGUUCUGCAGCUGUCGGGCUUCGGUCCAAGACUCAUGCACUUCUUUUAGCUUUGAAGCGCUCGACAGGUGAGCUUGCGUCGUACCAGCAGAAGAUGCACCGAAUAGACGACCAUGUCGGCAUUGCAAUUGCUGGUCUGACUUCUGACGCUCGUGUCUUGAGCAACUUCAUGCGGCAGCAAGCCAUGUCCUCCCGCAUGGUUUUCAACCGCCCUAUUCCUGUGAACCGCCUUGUAUCAUCCAUUGCCGAUAAGGCGCAAGUAAACACCCAAGAAUACGGCCGUCGUCCAUACGGAGUCGGCUUUCUCGUCAUCGGGCAGGACAAGGGCGGUCCACAUCUCUACGAGUUUUCUCCCUCGGGCAACUCGUACGAAUACUAUGCCAUGUCAAUCGGUGCAAGGAGUCAGAGCGCAAAAACAUACCUGGAGAAGCACUAUGAGAGCUUCGUGGACUGUAAUUUAGAGGAUCUGAUUCGACACGGGCUGCACGCCCUGCGGGAGACCCUCCAGCAGGACAAAGAGCUCACGAUCAACAACACAACGAUCGGUAUCAUCGGCCCUGCAGGCCCACAUGAGAAGGAAGUGCCUCCAGAAGGCUCUUUCCGUAUCCUCGAGGGCGAGUCCAUCGAGGUUUACCUCAAGAGUAUGAUCCCGAAGGGGCAGGGCGACGAUGACGAUGCGCCCGCUGCGCCACCUGCCGACGCGCCCGCGGAAGGAGCCGCCGCUCCGCCACCAGUAGCUGGGGACGAGGAUGUACAGAUGGCAGAGUAG